UAUUCUCAUUUUUUGGCCGAUUAAUAUCUGGCAGAAUCAGAAAUAGGUAGUGGUUACUGGCACCUGAAGGUCCGCAGAAAAAUUCGAAUUGAACAAUGUUGUCUGGACGCCCUCCAACAAGGAAUCGAUUUAUCAUUAUAUGUUUGCCGUGAAGAUAAUUAGGGCGACAUUUUGAUGCAUAUCGAAGCUCUUUUGUGAAAGGUAGCGUGGCAAUGGAGGACAGCUUUGGCGUUUAAAAAUUAAAAUUAUCACAGUGGAAUUGGUGGAUGUAUGCUGGCCGACGUCCAUGGUUCUGAGCAGAUUGGAGUAGAGGCUGAAUGUAUCAGGACUCUAGCGUGGGGAAGAAUGAUCAAGGCGCAGCUCUGUACAGUCAGUUUAUGAUAGGAAGACAAAUUAAUACCUUCCCCCAAGAUUUCAGCUCAUUUCCCAGGCGUGAACUUACAGAUUUGUAAGGUGCAAAAAACAUAUCAUGACAUUUGAGACACUGUUCAAAUUGAGACACUAAAAUCAUUGUAAACAGGAUCAUCAUUUUGUGGUCAUGGCAAAUGAUAGCAUGUGGGAUGGCACUCUCAGUCCAGAAGAUUUCCAGGUUGCAUCAAUGAAUUUAAUAGAAAAAUGGGCAAUGUGUGAGUCCACAUUUCAACCAUGGAGAUGGGAGCCUUGUCCAAAGUUACCCUGGGGAGUAUCUCAUAGUGAAAAUGGCUAUUUGUCGCUUGGAGAUAUCCUUAUAAACUACCUAAAUUCGCAGCAUAAUGUAGCUGAAGGUGAGUACGAACUCGAGCAGGGAGAAGAAACCUUAGAUCCUGCCACACUGGUCAAUAGUCAUCACUGUGAAUCCCAUCUCUACACCUUUCAUAUUGUCUACAACCAUUCUUAUAAAGUUCCCAUGCUUCUUUUUCAUGGUCACAGUAUUGAUGGGAGACCGCUCGAGUUGGAAGAGAUUAAGAAGGAUCUUCCAUCACAUUCUUGUCAACUACUUGAGGAUUCAAAAUGGACAUUUCUUACACAAGAGGAGCAUCCCUAUUUAAACCGACCAUGGUAUGCACUUCACCCUUGUGGAACUAGCAAGUGGAUGGGCUUUCUUUUCUCAAGCAGAACAUCCUCAAAUGUCAAACCAACUACAAUAGUUGAACAGGAUCUAACACAAAGCGAGAGUUGUUUGUUGAAAGAAGACAAUGGACAGAACUCCCCUACCAUGGAAGAAAUCAUCAGUGGUGGCAACAAUUUUAGCAAAAGUAACAUUGAGUCAACCACAUGUAAUACCUCAAGGACAGAGAUUAUUUCUCAAUACCUUAUUGCCUGGCUGUCUGUAGUUGGUCAAGUGGUUGGGCUAAGGGUUCCAUUCGAAAUAGUAAAGUUGCCUUCCUAGGCAGGAUGUAUGACUGGUUUAAUAAUCAUAAAUGCAUGUCUAGUUCAUCUUUC